CAGUGGAGACCACUUUCUAACCACUGCUCAAAUCAGCUGAUACAGGGCCGGACUCUAUUUUUAUCAUAAACUCUCGCGAUAAAGCCACAUUCUCUACGUGGCUUCAGAUAUAAACAGGGGCAGAGUCCCUUGGAAUGCAUCAGCAAAAUGAAGGAUCAAGCAAAUCAGGGCAAGUAACUGCACAUAUCUCAGAGUUGGAGCUGGGCAACUGUUGAUAUUAUGCAUUUCAUGAAGCCUUAAAUUAUUUGCACGUAUCUCAAGUCAGUCAUUUGAAUCGUUGUUGCAUGUUUAGAUAGCUAAACCAGUUGUUAAGCUAAGGCUAGCCAGCAAGCUUGCAAAGCUUUGAGAGCGUUAGCCAGCUGGAUCCUAGUUAGUUGACGUUAGUUAUUCGGUGUUGGUUGGAUACACAUUCAUUUUGGGAACAUGAUGGCAGAUGUUGAGUCCUCACUUGAAAUUACCACAUCGCUGGGGUCUCUCCCUCCUCCCCGAACGCGGAUCUUCAAGAUAAUCGUAAUCGGAGACUCGGGGGUUGGCAAGACUUGCCUCACCUACCGCUUCUGUGCGGGCAAGUUCCCGGAGAAAACCGAAGCAACCAUUGGAGUGGAUUUUCGGGAGAAACUUAUUGAGAUCGACGGCGAAAAAAUCAAGGUGCAGCUGUGGGACACUGCUGGUCAGGAGCGCUUCAGGAAGAGCAUGGUCCAGCACUACUACAGGAACGUCCACGCUGUCGUCUUCGUCUACGACAUCACCAACGCCGCCAGCUUCCGGAGUCUCCCGGCGUGGAUCGAGGAGUGCAAGCAGCACUCGCUGGGCCAGGAGGUGCCGCGCAUCCUGGUGGGCAACAAGUGUGACCUCCGCCACGCCACCCAGGUGGGCACGGAGGCGGCGCAGCAGUUUGCCGACUCGCACUCCAUGCCACUGUUCGAGACGUCCGCCAAGAACCCGAACCACGCCGACGGCGGCGACAGCAAUAGCUACAGCAGCAACAGUGACCACGUGGAGGCCAUCUUCAUGACCGUGGCGCACAAGCUCAAGUCCCAGAAGCCCCUGAUGCUGAGCCAGCCGCCCGGAGCAGAGAACACGGUGGCGCUCCAGGGUCGGAGAGAGGAGGAGGAGAAAGGGGCGUGGAACUGCAACAGCUGCUGAGGAACAGAAAAGAGAAAAAAUAAAGAAAUGGGUAACAAAGAGAGAGAAGAAAGAAGGAGGAGAGGAGCGGAGAGAGGAGAGGAUAGGAGAGAGGAGAGGAGGGGAGGGGGUAUUUUGGAAGAUGGUGGGGAGGGAUUGAAUGGGUUCACAAGAGAAGUGGGUUUGCUUCUUCUCAUAAUGGUCAGUACAGGAAGAUGGUGUGCUAUGUGAUUUGAAUAGCUUGCCUGUUUAAAGCAUUAUGAGGAUUGUAGUUGGAGAUUGCCCACACCAGGUAACAUUGUGUUAAUCGAGUAUGAAAGCCAUCAGUCGGCUUUGGUUUCCACACACACACACUCACACACACACACUUACACAAACUUACACACACAAACAUCAUAUCGAACUUCCUGUCAUGAAAGGAAGACAUCUUUAAAGGGAAAGGACUCGUUUGCAUUAACACGCCUCAUCAGUGAUCAGGAAACGGCCUCUAAAGCAGGCCAGGAGCCGCCAUCUCGGUCUCUUGGUCUUCAUGUACAUGAAAUGUAGGAUGUCCCCCUCUCUGAGGGAUGUUAUGUGUGUGUGUGCCUGUGUAGUCGUUCACAUGUUCCUGAGGCCAACUGUGCAUUUGGACAUUGUCUCAUCUGGUGGUUGCCUGCAACCCUUCACAGCAAAAAGUGAAAUUCAGUCUUUCGUUGCAGCAGAUGUACUGGCAGUUGUUGACAGUUGCAACAACAACAAAAACAACAACAAAAAC